AUCAACAACCAUUCAAUCGACACAAUGAUGUACAUCACCAGCUUUCUGAGCGUUUUCGCUCUUCUUGGCAGCACAGUAUCUGCCCAGGGCGAUGAGCCAGCAAAGACAUUCCAGAUUAGUACUAUGUCGGCCAACUCUGCAAGUGGCAGACCAGGCGAUUCCUUCCAGCACUGCCGCUUCCAGGUUUCGGAGCCGGACAACACGGCCGACAACACUACCGCCCUUUGCGAGCUGAGCUGGGAGCAAGGCUCAGCUGGUUGGCCGCAUGGACCCAUCCCAUGUAACUCAACCCUCUGGAGCUGGUACUACUCCCGCUAUGAAAACCGCACGGAUUUCGAUCUGGAAUUAGUACAUGGCUACCAGGAUGUGAUUGAUGGUGUGGCCUACUUCCACCGCAAAUUCGGUCGCGUUACGUACAAGCCCGAAGAGGCUACAUGCCAGUCGUCUUCGUCUGGCGUCAACCGCUGCAGUUGGCCUGCUACUGUUGCACCGAUCUACAACGAGACUGGAGUAUAGGGCCUAGCUGCAUCCCUUGCCAAAGACAAUGCAGGUACCUGGAAAUAGUCUAUCAAGUGAUCAUGAUUAGAUAGACUAAUGAAAACUGUUUGAGGAACGGUUCGGUCCUCAGGGCUACACCACCC